AUGGCUCCUUCAACUCAAUUCUCCACCACUUUCCUCACCCUAUGUCUCUUCCAAUUCCUAGGAGGUUCGUUUUCGUCGACAUUCACGAUUGUUAACAAGUGCAGCUAUACAGUGUGGCCCGGCAUUUUAUCCAGCGCCGGAACCUCGCCGCUCUCCACCACCGGCUUUGUUUUACAGCCCGGCGAGUCCAACGUUGUCGGCGUGCCACCCGCCUGGUCUGGCCGCCUCUGGGGACGGACCCUCUGCUCUCAGGACGCCGCCGGAAAAUUCUCCUGCGUCACCGGGGACUGCGGCUCCUCGGCCGUGGAAUGCGCCGGCGGGAACGCUGCCCCGCCUGCCACUCUGGCGGAGUUCACGCUGAACGGCGCCGGCGGACUGGAUUUCUUCGACGUGAGCUUGGUCGACGGUUACAACCUCCCCAUGAUCGUGGAGCCCCAGGGAGAAACGGGCGGCGGGAACUGCACCGCGACGGGGUGCGUGGUAGACCUGAACACGCCGUGCCCGACGGAGCUGAAGGUGAUGAGCAGCGGCGAUGGGGUCGCGUGUAAAAGCGCGUGCGAAGCUUUCGGCGAUCCCCAGUAUUGUUGCAGUGGUGCUUACGCGACGCCUGACACAUGCAAACCCAGUUCCUACUCGCAGUUCUUCAAGAGCGCGUGCCCACGCGCUUAUAGCUACGCCUACGACGAUGGCUCCAGCACCUUCACUUGCGCCUCUGCGGAUUAUACCAUCACUUUCUGCCCCCAACUCUCCACAAGUUCGAUUAAAUCGGGGAACCCAGUGGCGAUGGAAACCUCUGGAGCCGACUUAGACGGAAGAUACAACAAUGUUAUGUCGGUGAUUGGUUGUGUUUUGGUGGCGUUUGUGGCAACUCAAUUUGGUGCCCUUUCACUGCCAGUGUCACAAUAA